AUGGAUAAAGACGACAUUUGCUGCCGGCAGGGCUCCAAGUGCGCUCGCGACGAAGCCGAUAACAUCGCCUGCUGUCCGACCGGAGCAAGCUGUACGGGGAGUCUAACAGGAGGGUCUGGGGGCGGGGGAGCGUCCAGCACGAGCUUCCGAUUUCCCAGAACCGCAACGGCGACUCAGACGACCGCUCCGAAUGACGCUACGAUCACCGGCUCAACGAUGCCCGGUGCUUAUCCUUUCAUCUACGUUCCUACCUCGUUUUCGAAUGCCGGCGUGUGUUCAUCCUACUAUUCCAGGUGCGAGAACGACUAUACGAAAUGUCUAUCAGAGCUGGGCGGGGGCUACGCCGUCACGGUGGGUGGCGACGGCGGCGGAGUCACUCGCGAGGGUGGCUCGAAACCGUCCGCAGUCUCGACCUGUUCCAGCCUGAGCCAAGAGGCCUGUCAUGGUCUUAACCUGGGAUACUGUGAGACGUAUCAUACUCAGACCGAUGAUGAAAGCCGAGGCAGUUCAGGACGGACCACCAGUCUGCAGGAUCUCGUCUUCGGCGUGAUCAUUGGAGCGGCCGGGAUGCUCGUGUGA